GCGGCUCUCAACAAGGUCCUGAAGUAAGAUGGCGUUUUCUGCUGUGGGGGGGGUUGGGCGGUUAGCCCAGCAUCUCCGUGGCUCUCGGAAGAUCUGGCUACCCGGGCUGACUCAAGUCAGGUGGAGCCGAUACAAUCCUGCAUUCCUUGAACCAGAAGUGAAUAAAGAAAUUUAUCGUAAAUCUCCAGAGCAAAUGUCAGAGGAGGAAAAAAAUAAACAGCAACUCAAAGCGGUCCAGCCAAUAAAAGCCACCCGUUCCAACAUCACCAGUUCUGUGUUCUAUGAUCCCAUGAUCAGUAAAUUCACCAACAUGAUGAUGAAAGGAGGUGAUAAAAUUUUGGCACGAUCAAUCAUGAAUCAGACUUUAGAAGCCAUUAAGAGGAAGCAACUUGUGAAAUACCAUGAAGCAGAUGAGAAAGUGAAAGAAGAAAUUGAGUGCAAUCCUUACAAAAUCUUUCAUCAAGCAAUCGAAAACUGUCAACCUGUAGUUGGGCUCACGGGUAUCAUAAGAGGAGGCAAAAAAUAUCAGGUACCAACUCCUCUGAAGAUCAGUCGGCGGAGCUUCUUAGCCAUGAAGUGGAUGAUCACAGAAUGCAGAGAAAACAAGCACAGGCGAACUUUAAUGCAUGAAAAGCUCUCAGAUGAGCUGCUGGAAGCCUUCAACAAUAGUGGCAAUGUGAUUAAAAAAAAGUACGAGUUGCACAAAAUGGCAGAAGCUAACCGGGCCUUUGCUCAUUUUCGAUGGGGGUAGAGAAUGUUGUGUGCUAUUGGAUCCAGUAUAUGAGGACUAAGACUUCUGCUGCAGGACAAGACCAUGUUGUUGUUUUAAUGCCAUGUGUUUUUCUUUGCAUAUCACUAAUCUGAGCAGCAAAUCGCAUACUUCUCAUCCAACUCAUAUGAAUAUGAGCUAAAAGAAAUCUUAGCUAAAAUACAGGGUCCCCUUUUUCAACCUCACAGGUUUUGGGUAUGCCACAUCCCAAAUGACAUCAUCAGUACAUGUCACUGUUUCCAACUCAUUUCCUCUGUGUGGGUCGGUGUUCAUCAGCUGUUCGUUCAUGUUUUGGAAAACUA